ACUUUCCAAAAGAAUUCUUUUAGAUUCCAUGCUGACAUCGGCAUUCUGUGAUAUUAAUGAUGUAUAGAGGGAGGCUCCGGUCAUGUUCGCUGAGUCAUUGGAGUCUCCUCGACUGUGCACAUUCAUUGAGAUGUCAUCUGAAUUUGCAGCAAACAUGCAGGGCUUCUUCUUACGAACAUCCGCGACGGAAGCGCAAUUAUUAUGAAGUCCUCGGAGUUAGAAAAGAUGCCACACAAAAGGAAAUCAAAGCUGCUUUCUAUGCCAAAUCCAAGCAGUUACAUCCGGAUAAUAAAGGUAAUGGCGACUCCACAGCUGAGUUCGUGGAACUCAAAGAAGCUUACGAUAACCUACGGCGACCAGCGGAUAGACGUGCUUACGACAUGGGCGGUCAUGAUACUCACAGUCAGAAUACCACGGAUCCUUACACUCAUCGGCAUUAUUAUCAGUACUACCACCAACGGGAUCAUGAUAGGGAGUGGGCUCGCUACUGGGGUGCAAAACCCGGCGCAGCUGGAAACGCUUCUGAUUCGCCUUUUCAAUCGCGUUCGCAGCAGGAGUGGGGUUUCAUCUUGAAAUGGUCUGCGUUUGCGAUUACUCUGGUUGUUUUGUACAAUGUGGGCUAUUUAAUCCAACUAAGAAAUCAGGAACGUCGGCUUUCCAAACUGAUAGACGAGCAAGAGAUAGCGAAGUCAUUUAUGAGGCAGCGUGAAUUUAGGGAUAAAGACUUGGAUAAUGUGGAGAUGUAUGAACUUGCCAGGAAGCUAAAAGGAGAUAUAGAUGAAGCAUGGAAGAGGAAAGUGGAAGAUAUGGCUGGGAAAAAUCCCAAUGAAAUUCGUGAAGAGUACAGGUGGCUUCGCGCGGUUCAGGAUAGAAGUCAUAAUCGUCGAGUUAGAGCCAGGCGAGCAGAACAACUCAGAAAAGAUCAGGAAGCGGAAAGGUCUUCUACUAAGGUUCCCGAUGACGAGUAG